GAAAGAAAAAAACAUUUGUGGAAUGUCGGACAUAUUUUGCCGCGACUGUAACAUGCUGACGGAGGUUGUGUUCGACCACUCAGCGGGCGACACGAUAUGCUCGGAGUGCGGGCUCGUGCUGGAGUCUCGCUCCGUCGACGAGACUUCCGAGUGGCGCUCCUUCGCCGACGAGUCCAACGGCAACGAUCCGAACCGGGUCGGCGGACCUGUUAACCCGCUUUUGGCCGACGGUGGGCUUUCCACCGUUAUCGCAGGUCCCAGCAACGGCGCUUCCUCCAAUGCCUUGCCGUCCUCCGUCGGCAGGUGGCAGAGCCGCGCCUCUAAACCCGACCGUCAUCUUCUCAACAUCUUCAGUGCUAUUGCUAUUAUGGCCGACAGGUUGGGGCUUGUCACAACCAUAAAGGAUCGAGCCAAUGAGAUAUAUAAGAAGGUGGAAGAUCAAAGACCUCUGAGAGGACGCAAUCAAGAUGCAGUUGUGGCUGCUUGCCUCUACAUUGCCUGCAGACAAGAAAAUAAGCCUCGUACUGUGAAAGAAAUAUGCUCCGCAGUCAGUGGAGCUAGCAAGAAAGAAAUUGGGCGGGCCAAAGAGUUCAUUUGGAAACACCUUGAGGUUGAGAUAGGUCAGGAAAUAGGAACUAUUCAUGCUGGAGACUAUCUGAGACGUUUUUGCUCCAAUCUUGGAAUGAAGAAUCUGGAAGUCAAGGCUGCCCAAGAAACUGUGCAGAAAUCUGAAGACCUUGUCAUAAGGAGGAGCCCGAUAUCGGUGGCAGCUGCAGUUAUAUACAUCAUAACCCAACUAUCGGAUGACAAAAGGACUUUUAAAGAUAUUUCGCUUGCUACUAGAGUGGCUGAAGGGACAAUCAAGAAUUCCUACAAAGACUUGUAUCCUCAUCUGCCACGGCUAAUACCGAACUGGUUUGCCAAGGAGGAAGAUGUCAAGAAUCUCUGCAACUAAAACUGGUUGAAGGUGAUAGCUAUCAAUAACAGAUGCAGCAUCGAAAACAAUUGAAUGCUUCUUCCUUCAUUUUAUGAAGGAAAUGAAGGUAAUAGGAAUUCUUUCUGCUCUUUUCCUUGUUCUAUUUUUACUUCCCAUGUAAAUAGAACAGGCUUUCCCUCCACCUCAUAGUCUUUGAUAGAGAAUAUAGUUGAAUAUGACUCAUGGAAGUUUUCCCCUCUAAAUCAGUUUGUAAAAGGGCCCUCACCCUUGUAUUGGCAUGGAACCAUUCAUCUAGUGAAGUUGCUAUCUUGAAUUA